AUGGUUAUCACAUUGCCAGUUCGGGCUUCCCAGAGUCCAUCUCAACGAGAGAUUGUAUGGUAUAUCCUUUCAUGUCUUUUUGCCUGGCUAUUGUACAAGUUUUCUCUCCUGUGUCUCCCGACACCCUUUCACGACAUCCCACACAACGAAGGGACCACACGCACCAUCUUUGGAGAUCUGGCCAGCAUGUUGUCUGAAGUCUCGAAGUCGAACGAUAUAUUCACCUGGUUACUGAGACAGACACAAAAGGCAAAUUCGCCUCUCUACCAAGUGUUUAUUCGUCCAUUCGGCAGGCCCUCGAUUCUCCUGUCCGACUAUUGGGAGGCGACUGAUAUCGUCCUACACCGUUCUCGAGAAUUUGAUCGCACACCCUACACUGCUGACGUCUUCUCCGGGGUCUUACCCAACCACCACAUUCAUAUGCCGACUGGUCCUGAAUGGAAAGCACAUCGUCGGCUGUUGCAGGACCUGAUGACGCCGAACUUUCUCAAUAAUACUGCUGCACCCGCCAUAUAUGACAGAGCCCUGGAAUUGGUGGACCUCUGGGAUGCAAAGGCGCGGUUGGCUGCAGGCAGACCGUUUUUCGCGGCGGAAGACAUCCAUAACACUGCUCUAGAUGCGGUCCUCUCCUUCUCUUUCGGUGGUGCCUUUCCACACAGCGCGACCAGACCCCAGCUUGAGUUGUUGUCUACCCUGUAUAUGGAAGCCGUACACAGGAAUGACACUCCGCUUGACCGACCAGCCGAAUUUCCGCAAGCCAGUCCUCCCGACUGCAUCAAAGCUAUUCUUGAUAUUACAGGCGCGUUCGAAUACACGAAAUCGUCCAUUUUUCCACGGCUCAUGUGGUUCCUAGCCAGUAAAACGCCUCGUGUCCGCCAUGCCGUUCGAACCAAGGACAACUUCGUCCUGCGCGAGCUACAGGGAGCCACGCACCGCUUGGUUUGGAAGGAUUCUGACGCUGACCACACAUGGGCACAGUCUGCGGUAGACCUUAUUGUGGAUCGGGAAAGGAAGUACGCAGAGAGGGAGGGUAGAAGUCCAAAUUUCUUUGGAUCGGCCAUUCGAGACGAGGUUUUCGGCUUCGUCUUGGCUGGUCACGAUACUACGAGCACCACCAUCGCAUGGGGCAUCAAGCUGUUGGCGGAUAAUCCUGAUGCACAAACCAAUUUAAGGUUGGCACUUAAAAAUGCCUUGUUGGAGGCAGCUGCUUCUAACCGGCUACCGCUAUGCUCGGAAGUCAUACGUACUUCGAUUCCCUAUUUGGAUGCAACGAUCGAAGAGAUUCUGCGGUGUGCUCCGACUGUCCCUGCCGUCGACCGGGUGGCGUUGAAUGACACCGUGCUCCUGGGCCAUUCUAUUCCAAAAGGUACCUCGAUCUUUCUGAUGAACAAGGGAGCAAGCUUUUUCUCGCCACCCCAUGAGAUUGAAGACGAGAAGCGCAGCCCUUCUGCCCGAGCCGCCAAAAACAAGGGUCAUCAUGCUUGGGAUCCGGAGACGUUGGAUAUAUUCCUUCCUGAACGAUGGCUUGUCGCUUCAGAGGAACAAGCAAGUGCAGUGGGGACCGCAAACGUAGUGUUCGACCCCGCUGCUGGACCGGCCAUGCCAUUCGGAGGAGGUCCGCGAGGAUGCUGGGGCCGCCGACUAGCCUACCUGGAAAUGAGGUUGAUUUUUGCACUAAUGGUGUGGAGAUUUGAGUUGCUGGGAUGUCCAAAAGAGCUGUCGGGAUAUGAUGCUUUCGAUGGUCUUGUGCACAAGCCCAAAGACUGCUUUGUCCGGCUCAAGAGGAUUGAAUCAUAA